AUGGAUUCUGAGGACUUCAAGGCCCAACAGCAAAAGAUCCAUGCUGCGCUCGUUGCCGUAAAUCGUUCCGUCAACGGCAUUGCCUCCGAAGAUCUCACCUUCCUGCGCACCGUCAAUCCGUCUGUUGCCGGCGAGCUCGAUGAACAGGCGGCACGCCUUUUGCGCCUCUCCAAUGGCCUUCUCAAGUCGGCUGCAGGGGCCACCGGAAAACGCGCUGCGCCCCAGCUCGAUGACGCCGACGACGUCGACCUUAACUGGCGCGGCGUUGUCGACGUGAUUGACGGCCUGCUCGAGAAAGCCGACACCACCCUUGACGAAUACACCGGCCUCCUCAAGCGCAAGGAUGCACCUACUGCUGAAGGUGGCUCCGACUCCAAGAAACCCAAGCAGCAAGGCGCCGGAGCAACGGGUGCCUCGGGCGCCGGCACAGACCGUCUCGACUGGAACAUUCGCCGCGCCAACAUUCCGAAGCCGCAGGAGUUGUUCGAGCGCAAGCCCGACAACUUUGACAAGGGUCCCUGGAAGCCGAUUCUGACGACAAAGCCACAUGCGAUUGUGCCACUCGAGGACAGCCUGACGACGUUUGUCGACGAAUACAACCUGACGCAGUUCAAGCACCCAUACGAAGCCGAGAUCAAACAACUACACUACCCUGAAGCCGUCCACAAGUCUCACGAACCUAUCCUCUACCAGCCCGUCGAGUCUACGUCCGCUGUUUGGGUUGACACCUUUGAGGGUGUUGAGGCCAUGCUCGCAGAGCUGCGCGAAGCCGACGUGAUCGCGGUCGAUCUUGAGCACCACGACUUCCGCACCUACAAUGGCCUGCUGUCACUCAUGCAGGUCAGCACCCGCACCAAGGACUGGAUUGUCGACACCUUGCAGCCCUGGCGCCACCGUCUCGAGAUUCUCAACGAAGUCUUUGCCGACCCCACCAAGCUCAAGGUCUUCCACGGUGCCAGCAGUGACAUUGUGUGGCUGCAGCGCGACCUUGGCCUCUACGUUGUUGGUCUCUUUGACACCUACUUUGCUUGUGACUGCCUCGAGUACAGCAAGCGCAGUCUGGCCUUCCUUCUCGAGCGCUUUGUCAACUUUGACGCCGACAAAAAGUACCAGAUGGCCGACUGGCGCAUCCGCCCGCUCCCCGAGGAAAUGCUUUACUACGCCCGCUCCGAUACCCACUACCUGCUGUACAUCUACGACAUGGUGCGCAACGAGUUGGCUUCCAAGUCCGACCGCACCAACCCCGAAAAGGACCUGACUUCAUACGUUCUGAAAAAAUCCAAGGAGGUUUCACUCUCCCGCCACGAGGCCUUGCUCUGCGACCCCGAGACCGGCAUGGGCGCCCGCGGCUGGCUCAACACCCUUCUAAAAACCUAUACUCUGCUGAGCGGAGAACAGUUUGCCGUUUAUCGUGCACUCUACCAAUGGCGCGAUGAUCUCGCACGGCGUUUGGACGAGAGCCCCGGAUUCCUCAUGCCCGUGCGUGUACUGUCCGACAUUGCGCGCAUUCUCCCACCGGAUCGGAAAGCUCUGCUGAGCUUGCUGCACAACACGGCCCGCGUCACCAAGUCGUCCAUGAACGAGAUCUUCACGCUUAUCCAGGAUGCCCAGGCCCGCGGCGCUACGGGGCCCACAUCGAUUGAGUUCCUGCGGUCCGACGCCGUCGGUGCCCUGGUCAAGGCGAACCGGCAUCUCAACUUUUCUGCGUCACACGCGGCCGGAACUAGUACGGGUGCUGCACUUGAAAAGCCGAAAACUGUCGAGCCUCUUCCGAACGUCACAGAACUGCGAAGUACGUUCUCGCAGCUCUGGGGCAAGAAACCAAUUGGCGGGAAGAGGGAUGGAAGCACUGGGGGUGAGGAGGCGGGUGGCGUGCCGAUUGAGGCGCCGUGGUUCGUCCAGGCUGCCAUCUCUAUCACUGCAGACGGAGCAGCGCCGCCGACAGUCGCUCCUGCUCCCAACCCUGCCCCGGCCUCUAAGCCGAUACCGUCAGAGGACUACAUUGAGUUCCUGUCGCCGGCUCAGAAGGCUCAACCAGCACGGCCAGAGGCAGCGGAUGCGACGCCAGCAGCGCCAGCACCCGCAGAAAAAGUCGACGAGAUGAAUGAGGACGAGGCAGAUGAAGAAGAGGACGAAGGCGCUUUCACACUAAAGUGGGGCAAGAAGGACGGCAAGGCGGCUGCUUCGGCCGCAGAUAACAAAAAGUUCUUGUCCGAAGCCCAAAAGCAGAAGCAGCUGAGAAAAAAGGAGAAGAAAGAGGCCCGGCGAGCGGCGAAACGGAGCAAGUCCGAGUCGGCUGGGUCAGGUCUCGAGAUCGGCACGGGCGGCGAAGAGGGUGCGACGACACAGACAUCAGAUAGCGACGGCGGCGGUGCUCGCAUCGACGCCACCGAGAACGAUGACGAGGCCAUGGCCGAUGGCGUUGAGAAUAACAGCGACUUUGUGCCGUUCAACUACGACACGGCCGGGUCGGUGCUACACCCAAAGAAGACGGCUGCCGACAAAAAGUCGCCAGCCAAUGCCAAGAAGGUCUUCAACCCGUACGGUAGCAAGGGCGACGACGGGCCCAAGGCGGCGCGGCGGAUGCACUUUGAGAAGAUGGGCAAGACGGGCACCUUCAAGAAGUGA